AUGUUCGAGAAGGUCGACCGUCGGGCGAUUUUGGACUAUACAAUUGACUCUAUCGAAUCAAGCCGCAAGGCUGCAGUUGAAGGUGCAAAGCAUACCAUCGAUUCUAUCGAAGCUCACAGCAAGGCUGCACUCGAAGGUGCAAAGUAUACUAUUGAUUCAAUUGAGGCUCAUCGUAGGGCUGCAAUCGAAGGCGCAAAACGAUUGCUUCGGUUUGAAGAGCUACCAGAACAGUGGCAAGAGAACAAGCACAUCCUCUCGGGAUAUCGGUUCUUAUCGUCAAAAAAACAGUGCUUCCAAUCCAUCUUUUAUGUCCACAAUGAGUCCGGCAAUAUCUGGACACAUCUUCUUGGAUUCUUUUACUUCCUGACUGUCGGCAUCUAUUUUUUUUCUGGAACCAACCCCUAUUUCUCAACACCAUCCUCUACACUUGUCCGCAAUCUUCCUUAUAUCCCUCCAGAUGGCUAUGACAAGCUGGUCUUUUUGGUCUUCUUCUUGGCAGUGUACAAGUGUCUGCUCAUGUCCUCGCUCUGGCACACCUUUGCUCAAAUUGCUCAUGAGGGCACAAUGAAAUGCAUGGCCUGUUUGGACUAUGUAGGCAUCUCUGUUCUGAUUGCUGCCAGUGUUGUUGUAACAGAGUACUAUGGCUUCUACUGUGAAUCUUUAUUCCGCCACAGUUACAUUGCUGCCACUGCGCUGUUUGGCGUCGCCGGUGUUGUUAUUCCAUGGUUCCCAUGGUUCGAUCAGAAAGAGACACGCUGGCUUCGAAUUACAUUCUUCAUCUCGAUGGCAGCAUCCGCGUUACUGCCUGUCUUCCAUCUCAUAUUGAUUCAUGGCGCAGGAACGACACUCGAAUGGAUCUUUCCCUUGCUUAAAUCCUUGGGCUCAUAUGCCUUGGGAGUUUUUGUUUAUGCUAAUCAAUAUCCGGAGAAAUUGUUCCCUGGACGGUUCGACCAUUUCGGCUCUUCUCAUCAGCUCUGGCAUCUCUGUGUACUGGGUGGUGUCUACUUUCAUUUUACCGCAGCACUUUCGUUCUGGGAGCGGCGGUACGAGUUUGGAUGCCCCUCAGGUUUUGAGGGCAUUGCCCCUGUUGGAGGACUGACACCACUCUAA